AGAUACAGUGCGACCCCGUUCGAUGACUUAACUUCUGACCCGUGUUUUAAACAAACUUUGGUAUCGCUGACGUCGAGCGCCGGUGUUGUGCCCUCUCUGUACUCAUUGAUUGAUAAAUGUUCGGCCGAAACAUUUAUAGCGACAAAAGUUAUUAUACAAAAUGGCAUAGAGUAUAUGAAUCUGGAUAUGUGCAAAGAACACCCGUAUAAACAGGGUCAAACUGAAUGCAAAACUACUGUACCAACUGAUCCGGUGGUAGACUUGAUUAAUGAUACUUGUUUUAAGAAGAUCACUAAAUAUGAUGAGAUGUGUGUUAAGGCUAUUGUACCAGGAUUCAAUUUGACAAACAUUAAUACAGAUGUUGGCAUUAGUGACAUUGAAAAUCAAUGCUGCGCUAGAUCAGUUUUCUAUGAUUGCACAGUUACAUUGGGCCAGACACAUUUAAUAAAGUAUGUAAAAAUC